UCAGAGAGGGGGGAAGAGAAGAGAGCGGAGAGUCCGGCCAUUCCUGCCAUAGACGACACUGCGGAGAGCGGCGCGCGACACCCCGCGGACGAGCAGCCAAUCAGACUGGAGGAGGGAGCGCGAGCUGCGACUGUGUGACCCGCCAAUCACCAUCCUCCUCUUCACCGGACAGACGAAAUGUCGUACAAACCAAUUGCUCCGGCCCCGGCAGCGGGGAGCAGCAGCGCUCCGGGCACCCCCGUCACCCCCGUGCCUGGAGCUGCGGUUUCAUCACCAUCAGGAGCUGUGCCCGUCUCCUCCUUCCGACUCAACUUCAGUGACUUUGGACCCCCUUCUAUGGGCUUCAUACCGGGAGUGAAGCCAGCUGUGUCACAAGCGGUGUCUCAGGGGACUUACAGUGACCUGCUGUCUGUGAUCGAGGAGAUGGGCAGAGAGAUCAGACCCACCUAUGCUGGAAGCAAAAAGUGCCAUGGAAAGAUUAAAAAGAGGUAUAAUCCACGCUAGGGCUCUUGUGAGAGAGUGUCUAGCUGAAACAGAACGCAAUGCUCGUACGUGA